AUGCUCACCACAAAGAAGAAGAUUGUCAAGUCCGCCGGAAAGGAGCCAACUGAGCUCGAGAACAGCGUUGCUCAGGCUCUUUUGGACCUCGAGAACAACAAUGACUUCAAAUCCCUCCAGAACCUCCAGAUCGUCGCCGCUAAGGAGUUCGACGUCUCUGAGGGAAAGAAGGCUAUUGUCGUCUUUGUCCCAUUCCGUCAGCUCAAGGCCUACAACAAGAUCCAACAAAAGUUGAUUUGGGAGUUGGAGAAGAAGUUUGGCAGCAAGAACGUUAUGAUCAUUGCCCAGCGCAGAAUCAUCCACCAGGUGUCUUCGACCAACAAGGUCAAGCAACAGAAGGUCCCAAUCUCGCGCACCAUCAAGUCCGUCCACGACGCCAUGCUCGAGGACCUCGUCUACCCAACCAACAUCAUUGGCAGACGCUUGAGAUACCGUCUCGACGGCUCCAAGCUGCACAAGGUUUACUUGGACCGCAAGGAGUUCACCGUCACCGGUCACAAGCUCGACUCAUUCUCUGCCGUCUACCACAAGCUGACUGGCAAGGACGUCGUCUUUGAGUUCCCAGCUGAGCAGAUGACCACCCAGAACUAA